AUGGUGAGAACUAAGAAUCUAGGGCACACCAAAAAGUUGGUGGAAACCGUUGCAACUCCUUCCAAUGCACCCCCUGCUGCUUCAGUCCCUCCUCCUGCUGUUUCAAAGUCUAGAGAUUUAUCGCUUCCCCAACGAAUCUCCUCCUCCGUUAGCAGUUCCUCCUCCUGCUGCAUAGUCCCUGCUACCACUCCAACCGGUCCUUCUACUCGAACUCGAGCCCAGCAAGCCUCUGCUGAGAAGGAACUUCGAGCUUCUCGAAGUCGUGAUAAGGCAGUCCCUCCAACCAAGAAGAAACUUAAGUCCAAUCCUCCCUCGGUUUCUUCAAGUUCCGAAGAAGAAGAUCCAAUGGAAGUCUCCUCAGAAAAAUCAGUUUCUCUCCAUUCAGAGAAGGAGAAUCCAGAGGACAUGGGUGAUUCUUCUGACAGUGAGGACACAGAACUCGAGCUAGAGCCUCAAUUGACAAAAUCUGCUUCUGCAGCAAAGGCUUCUGCUGCUGCCAAGGGCAAGCAGCCUAUGGAAGAGCCUUCUUCUGGUAAUGUUCCUUCAACUCUUUCUCACUGCCCUCGAUUUUAUUAUCGUGAUAAUGAACGUGACUGGAAUUUAUAUGCAACCCGUAAGUUUGAAUGUGAGAGGAACUAUGAUUUGCAUGCUCAUCGGGUUUAUGGGAUUGUAAAGUUUAUUCAAUUUCAUCAAUGGGAAAACACUCUCACUAGUUUCAAUGGGUUCAUUGCAAACAUUGUUAAGGAUUUCUAUGCUAAUCUCACUGAUGAUUUUCUUGAUGAGAAUUCUAGACUAUAUCGGAGAGUAUUUGUCAGGGGACAUUGGUUUUCGUUUUCUGAAAAGGACAUUGCUCAAGCUUUGCAACUACCCGAGAAUUUCUCCAAUGCAGUGAUGUCUAUGGAUCGUGAAUUGAUGCUCUCUGAACUCACGGGUGGACGAUUUGAAUUGAAACCAGGAGAGAGUCUUCGAAUAACCCAUCUUACUUUUGCUCAUGCAUCUCUUAUGCAGUUUGCACUAACCAAUUGGGUUCCCAACUCCAACAAGACCGUAGUGUCUCAAGAUGUGGGAUCAUUCGUAUACCGCAUCACCUCUGGAGCUUCAAUUGAUUUGGCCUCACACAUUCUGAACCAGAUUGUUUCAUUCCGAAGAGGUAAAAAGCCAACCUUUAAACUUGUCUUUCCUAAUCUAAUCUUUAAGGUUUUAUCCUCACAGAAGAAUGUGGCCCAAUCACAUGAAACACUUGAGCCCCCUGUCACUGGUCCUACAUUCCAACCGUCGGAAUACUUUGAUGGUGUGUUUCAAAAACGGCCUAAGGCUGGAGCUGCUGUUGCUGCUGCUGCCGCUGCUGCAAGUUCAAGUUCUGCUGCUGCAGAACUCCAGGAAGUCAAGAAUGAAGUUCAGAAUGUGAACAAUCGUCUUGCUGCAAUGGAAGAACUUCAGCACGAGAUGUCCAAGCAGUUAACCUCUUUGGUUAAACUCUACCGAGACUAA